AUGACUUCAGAAGAGCAAGAAGUGGCUCAAGUUAAAAAACAAGUCUCUUUUGGGAUAAAAGCUUUAGCUGGGUUAAGUGUAGCUUUAGCAAUGCUCAAUCCAAAUCCUUCAGCUUUAUGAACUAUGCUGAACACUGUUCAGUUUUUUUCCUACAUACCCUAUGCAAACUACCCUAUAACAGAUAAAGUUUCUGCGUUUUUGAAGUCAAUGAAUGACUUCAAUUUUGUUCCAAACUUGUUUUUACUGUUUAUUGAUGAAAACCAAAGUAAUCCUCCUUAUUAUCGGGCGAGAAAAUUUGGAUAUGAAAGCUCAUUGAUACUUGCAAAUAUUGGAAAUGAUAUAACUGUUCUGUGUGGUGCUAUAGCAGUAAUCCCUAUAGUCUAUUACUUUUCUAAAUGUUCUCAAAGAUUCAUUGGAAAAAAAUUAAAAAAAAUGCUUAGAGAGUAUAAAUUUGGUACAUUUUUACGAUUUUGGAUUGUAUGUUAUCUUGAAAUUGGUUUUACCUCCAUAAUUGGGAUUUUGAGUACAGAAGAUUAUGGAAGAUUAGAAAAUCCACUUAGAUUGACUAAUUAUCUACUUUGCUGAUUUUUUAUUGUAAUGAUAAUUUAG